AUGGAUGCUGUUACUCAUGUGCGGAACAUCUCAGUUUGUAUCCAUUUGAGAGACCUGCUCACAAUUUACAGACUGGAUAAGCCAGUGAUUGGAUCGAAAUUAGACCAGUGCAUAUUGAAGUCACUGCUAAAUGGAAGAGCGGUGGCUAACUGUGAUCCAGUUUUCUUGGGUUUGAAGUGGGGAAAAUGCGAGCAAGUCAUCAAAGAUACCCUUCUAGCGGAAGGCGACAUCAAUUCGCGACACAACAUCAGAGCCUUGUGUCGUGUCGCCUUCCUUGAAAAUCAGACAGAGUUCAUCGAACUGUUCUUGGGCCUCGAUUUAGAUCUCUGCAAGUACUUGAACCCCGCUGAGCUCCACGAACUGUACAAGAACUCUAUCAUAAAGGAAAAACACAUGAGAAGGUUAUUCACGCGUAGAGGGAAGUUUUGUCUGUCCUAUGUGUAUGACGUCAUCUUCACGACAUCGACAGCGUAUGAGAACUUCAAUGUGAACGAACUUGCUAUUAGCUGCCAAAGUUCCUGCCAUGAAGCGGCAAUUGAGCUGUUCUGGUGGUCCAUAUUCAACUGUCGUCUUCAACUGUCCAAAUUCCUGUGGAAAAUGUCUCAACAUCAACUGUCUAUAGCACUCAUUGCAGUGUCAUUGUGUGAGAUUUGCAUUCACAUCAUCCCCGAGAGCGAGACUGCUCACUUACUGCAGUUUAGAGAGUUGCAACACAUGUAUGAAACAUUUGCACUGGAGCUCCUCAAUCAAGUUUGGGAGCUGAAUGAGAAAUUCACCAAGGAGCUCAUCCUCCACAAGACGUCGACUUUAAUUGGAACAUCAAUCUUCGAAAUUGCUCUUUUCACUCGAGCUAAAGAUUUCAUCUCACAUGUUGCAGUUCAAAUUUGCGUUGACGAAACUUGGAAGUCAUCUCUUAAAUACUCUUACCCCAAAAUAAUGUUCGCAACUUUCGCCCCAUUUUACGCAAUAUCUGACGUGAGAAAAGCCCAGCUUGAAAUUCGAGCCUUCUGGAACCAGAAAAAUAACUCAAACAUCAGAAAAAAUUCCGGUGUUAACAUGCUGGAUUUUGAAAAUUUUUUGUCAAAAGAUCGUGCUAUUGCUGAAUCGGACCCUGAUAAUAAAACUAGCAGUAAUGCCGUAAGCCCCGAUUAUGAAUUGCCAAACCCUUCGUCAAAAAAUGAACAAGACACCAAUGAAAAUGUGAACAGGACAAAUAACAAAAACAAAAAAAAGGUUCAUUAUUCAAGCCGUUUAGCUUCCGAGCCCUUCAUCGAAGCCCACAAACUUCGCUCAAAAAUUUCCAACAUGUCAAUUUUCAAAUGCAUGUUUUUAUUUUACACGACACCAGUUGUUAAAUUCAUACUUCACUUUUUUACUUAUAUUUUAUUCGUCGGAUAUUACUCAUGGUUUUUGACCCAUGACGCGAAAGAUUGUCCCCAUUCAUUUUCAGAACCCAUUAUUUUUCUCUUUAACGCUUGCUAUCUAAUCGAAUCGGGGGUGCUUUUGCUCCAAUUCGGGGGUCCAUUUCCUCUGAAAUUGAGGUACUGGCUCAGAUGUGAGUGGAGCUACAUUCAAGCGGCGUCAUCAUUCUGCGGGUGUAUGGCCUAUAUGUUCAAGCUGCUAUGUAUGGCCGACCUCUCUUUCCCCCUGCAGUAUGGACCUGCCCUGUAUGCGAUCAGUGGCUUCUCAGCCUGGAUGCGUCUCCUCUCCUUCUACAGAUGCAGCAGCAGACUGGGUCCCCUCUGGAUCCUGCUGAGGAAUAUGGUCAGGGAAGCACUGGGCUUCAUGUUGAUCUUCUCAACUGUCAGUAUUGCAGCUGGAAUAUUCAUCAAUAACUUCAUGGACGUGUAUGGCUACGAGGACCAAUACUCUUCUGGAAUCCAGUGGCUAUGGCUCCGCCCUUUUUUCAUGUUCACUGGGGAGAACUUCCUCAAAACAGUAUCCUACAACACCAUGGGCCAAGGGGGAGGGGAAAACUUCCUCCUAUUCUACUCAGUUGUUUACAUUGUUUACUUUUUACUGGGGAAUGCGUUAAUGUUGAAUUUACUGGUGGCGAUUUUCUCGGAAAUUUUCAACAAGGUGUUCGCACAUUCCGACCGAGAGUUCAAAACGGAGUUUCUGAUGCUGACCAAAGAAUAUAACUCCAAAACUACUAUUCCAGUUCCAUUUCUCUUUUUCGAACUCAUCUACAAGCUAAUCAAGUUCAUCGUGUCCAAAUACAUCAUCCGACCCACAAACAAAAAUUGGAAAAGCGAUCCAAGUCGGCUGGAUGAACGCAAAAUUAUCGGAUACUUCGAAAGUCAAUGUGCCAACAGAGUUAUGAGCCAUUUAGAGUCCAGAUUAGACAUGCAAGAAACAGUCAGCUAUGCGCUGAAGAGUAUCGAUGAGCAACAGGGGCGAUUAGCCGAUAUGAAACAUCUAGUUCAAGCUGUUGAACGCCAAGUUGACGACAGGUUUUCACAAGAACGGAAGAAAAAAUACUGCAAAUAGUUUUAUAUUAUAUUACAAAAUAUUUGAUAAUUCA